GCUUAGUAUCGCUGCUGCCGCUGCUGCUGCGGGAUCCUCCGGGGAGCGGACACAAGGCGACAGCCGUGUUCCUGCCAGCAUGCCGUCAGAUAACGCUCCUGUCCGGGUGUCUUUUAUUCCGUGUCGGUGUAUGUGAAGGGGGGGGUCCAGCUGGGAGAGGAUUUACGGCGCCAGGAAGGAGGUGCCAUGCCCUUCACUGCUUGGCGCAGUCUGUGCGCUGAUCGCUGUCAGACGUGGACGAGGUGCAGACCGGAAUGGUGCAUUUAAAUUGUUCCUUUUAACGCAGAGGAAGACAGGCCCCGGGUUGAAUCUGAUUCUGGAUUAUUUACCGAGACAUUACAUGCCCGAUCUGAGAGCGGCAGCGACGGGAGAAUGCAGCACAGCGGGUGUUUGGCUGCAGGUGGAUGGCCAACCUGACGGUCCCAGCCGCCGCGUCCCUCCCGUUCAGCCGCCGCCGCUGCUGCAGCAGCAGGUCUGGCGUCAUCCGAGGCUGUAGACCCCAAAGUGAGAACAGACCACAGGACUAGAUCACACACAUAAAGCCGAGCCAUGCUGCCAGGGGUCGGCGUGUUCGGCACCAGCCUGACCGCCAGGGUGAUCAUCCCGCUGCUGAAGAACGAGGGCUUCGCCGUGAAGGCGCUGUGGGGCCGGACGCAGGAGGAGGCGGAGGAGCUGGCCAAGGAGAUGAACGUGCCGUUUUACACCAACCGGAUCGACGACGUGCUGCUGCAUCAGGAUGUGGAUCUGGUGUGCAUCAACCUGCCGCCGCCUCUGACGCGGCAGAUCGCGGUCAAAACACUGGGUAUUGGAAAGAACGUCAUCUGUGACCGGACAGCAACGCCUCUGGAUGCCUUCCGGAUGAUGUCAGCGGCCCAGUACUACCCCAAGUUGCUGAGCAUUAUGGGGAACGUGCUACGUUUCUUACCGGCUUUCGUUCGAAUGAAGGAGCUGUUGGAGGAGGGGUACAUCGGGGAGCUUCUGGUCUGUGAGGCCCAGGUCCACAGUGGUAGUCUCCUGGGAAAGAAAUACAACUGGAGCUGCGAUGACCUGAUGGGAGGCGGCGGUCUACAUUCAGUGGGCAGUUACAUCAUCGACCUGCUUACGUUUCUGACCGGUCAGCGUGCAGCAAAAGUCCAUGGCUUCCUCAAGACCUUCGUCAAACAAACGGAUCACAUCCGGGGCAUCCGUCAGAUCACCAGCGACGAUUUCUGCACGUUCCAGAUGGUACUGGAGGGGGGCGCCUGCUGCACCGUCACACUCAACUUCAAUGUUCCAGGAGAGUUUCGGCAGGAGGUGAUUGUUGUGGGGAAGCUUGGAAGGUUAACGGUCACAGGGACUGAUCUGUAUGGACAGAAAAACAGCGGUGGCGGAGGAAACGGUGGAGGUCCUGAACUUCUGCUCAAGGACACCACGCCUCUUGAGAAGGCCUCCUUACCGGAGAAGGCCUUCAGUGACAUUCCUUCUCCGUAUCUCACCGGAACCAUCCGUAUGAUCCAGGCAGUGCGGCAAGCCUUUCAGGGCCAGGACGAUAGGCGGACGUGGGACGGGAGGCCUCUGACGAUGGCUGCUACCUUUGAGGAUUGUCUUUACGCUCUCUGCGUGGUGGAUACAAUCAAGAAAUCCAACCAGUGUGGAGAGUGGCAGAACAUUGUGGUGAUGACAGAGGAACCAGAGAUUAGCCCAGCGUAUUUAAUCAGCGAGGCCAUGCGGCGGAGUAGAAUGUCGCUCUACUGUUAACAUCCGGCUAAUGCGCUGACCCCUUUAAAAUGGCCGAACGUCGAUGGUAUGAAGGUGGCACCAGAAAGGCCUUUGUGUUGGAACUUUUACAACUUCUGUAUUGCUACUGUUACAGACUGAGAGGUUACACCACUAUGAUUCAGAUAGUUCCUGACUCCCUGCUUCAGCAGUAGAGGACAAGCAAUGUGAUCAAUAAUCAGAACUUUAUUUAUAAGGAAGCCUUUCCUGUUUUCCAUUUUGACAGAAGACUUGAGUCCUUCCAGGGAGAUGCACUUGUAAAUCAAACAACAGAGACCUAUAGUUCUACAGUGGAGGCAGAUCAGGAAGUGAACCUAAUGCUACUGUGCUCUGCUUCACCUUAAGGGUAUUGCGCCUCUCAUCUCUGCUUCUCUUCUAUGUGACUGGGUCUGGGAGACAACACCUUACACUGUGGGUCCAAAUGAGGACAGCCAAGGAAGAACGAUAGUACUCAGUUCAAACUGUGCCGCUGUAUUGUUGCUAUAGUCUGAAGUACUUGCUAGUUUUACCAAGUGAAUGUUUAAAAAAAAAUCAGUGUGCUUGCUAGCUUCAGUCUCUGUCUGUUCUGUAUGCUUUCUCUGUGUGUGUGAAACGAGAGAGAAAAGAAAUCAAUAAUUUGGCUGGUGGGUUUUCGGAGGGCUUUAACUUCUCGUUUACGUAUGCAAUAUAUCCAGACUGCAGUCUUUUAUCUUCCAGCCUGGAGUAAAGGGUUAAAAUACACUAUGGUAUGCCUUUAUGCAGUUAUAGUAGCCUGUUUGCGAGUCUUUUAUGAGUGGCCAGUGCAGUGAUAACUUUGAUGUUCUUAUUUAUUUCAUGCUUUUUCUAUUGUCCUGAAGCAUGGCCAGGAAAUACACUGAAUUCUGUGUGGCGUGUGCAUAUCUGCACCGAGCCUUAAGUGUGGGUAUUCACACAGUCUUGCACUAAGUUGCGAGUAAAUGCAGAGCAAUGCGGGGGAUUUAUCUCGACAUUGCAAUGCAGUGGGUCACACUUGCAUCAAGCUACGGUGAUUUAGGAUUUAGCAUGCUUUAUAAAGCUUCUUUAACAUGCACGGUGAAGUGCAGGUUUGUCAGUAUGCAGCACAUGCAAGUUGAGUUUGGAUCCACACCUUGUAGUCUAUUAACUGUGCAGCACAGUGUGGUUGAUAAGGGGGUAGAUGAGCAUUUCUUUCAGUUUCUGUUAGAGGUGUUAAACAUUAUGGAUGGUAUUAUUCCGUGUUCCCGUGAACAUGUCCUCUACUCUCUCUGUGGUACUCGGCCCCAAACUUUGAUUUUUAUUGAAGAUGGAAAACCUUUAAAGCUCCACCAAUCAAUAUUUUUUUAAUAACAACAGGUCGAAUGACUGUGUGAUGGGACAGGGUUCACUCCUAGUAAUCAAGCCACUGAAAAUUACAACCUGACUCUGCUGUUCCCUCCAACUUAACGUAUUGUUUAGCAUAUUUCGGCUAAUUGUUUCAGUUUUAUGGCCCACAACUUCGCUGCUUUGGUUCACUCUUACGGCCCUCAUCAACUGCUAUUUCCUUCAGAAAAAAAGAGCUUUAACUAGAGUGAAUAUUUUGGACUUUCAUUCAUCAGAUGGCCAGAAACAGUCCAAGUAAAUGCUACUGUUGCUCUGUGUUUGCCAAUUUUUGCUAUCACGCUUAAAAACACAAAUACAAGCGUUAAGUAUAAAAAAUACUAGUUUCCUAAAACAUUUUUUUAGCUAAUAUUACCCAAACAGGAGUGAACAUUUUUAGGGGCUAGUUUCAGCUGUUGAAUAAUACACAUUGAGCAUAGAGCAGAGCGAUAUGGAGAAAAUCGGAUAUCACGAUAUUUUUUCCAAAUACCUCGAUAUCUAUAUUGCGUCAAUAUUGUUAGGCUGACUAUUGGUGCUUUCAGAAAAUAUUUCCGCAAUGAGAUUUUUGAUAAAAAAUCAACAGUAAUAUGGAUGUAAUGACUAUAUCUAGUCUCAUAUUACAAUGUGGCGGCAUGGUGAUGCAGUGGUUAGCAUUGUCGCCUCACAGCAAGAGGGUUUGUGGCGGGUUUGAACCCCAGGAAUGGAUGAACCCCUCUGUGCGUAGUGUUGCUUGUUCUCCCCGUGUCAGCGUGGGUUUUAUCCGGGUGCUCCGGCUUCCUCCCACAGUCCAAAGACAUGCAGGUUAAUUGGUGACUCUAAAUUGUCCGUGAGUGCGAAUGGUUGUCUGUCUCUAUGUGUCAGCCCUGUGAUAGACUGGCGACCUGACUAGAGUGUACCCUGCCUGUCGCCCAAUGUCAGCUGGGAUAGACUCCAGAAAUCUUACAGAAAAUCCACCCACUCGUUCUGUUCUACUUCCCGUCAGUCACAUCAGAAGGCCAAAACAAACCAUCAGAGAGUAUCUGCAAAUCCAGUUUUACCUGAAGUUUGCUCUCAUUCUGUACAGGUGAAAGAACAGUGCUGACCUACAAGCCAAAAGAUUGAUUCUCUUUUUACGCAUCUCUGUUCCCCUGUGUGGUUUCAAGUUCUUAAACUGUGCUGAAAUACUAUCUAUGUAACAACUACUGAAAAUGUACAUAAUGAAAAUAUAAAACAACAAUACGCGUUUGUCUAAAGGAAUAAACAAGUACUGUAUGUAUUUUAUUUGUACAAA